AUGCUGUCAAGGGCGGCCCGUCCAGCUCUCCGAGCUGCGGCCUCAGCUCCUCUCCGAGCUACGGCUGCCAGCCCAAAUGGAGCUGCGACGUUCGCGACCCUCCGUGAAAUCGAAGGCCGUCUCAAGUCCAUCCGCAACAUCCAAAAGAUCACCAGCACCAUGAAGAUCGUGGCCUCGACCAAGCUCACACGUGCCCAGCGCGCCAUGGCCGAGUCUCGCAAGUACGGCGAGAGCGCCAAUGAGGUCUUCGACGCCGCCGAGACCACGGCUGCCGAAGCCGAGCAGAAGAAGUCCCUCAUCAUUGUCUGCUCCUCCGACAAGGGCCUUUGCGGAGGUGUCCACUCCGGCCUCAGCCGACGCAUUCGUGCCCUCGCCAACCAGUCUCCCGAGCCCUUUGAUCUGGUCGUCAUUGGCGAGAAGUGCAAGGCUCAGCUUCUGCGAACCAACGCCGCUUCCAUCCAGCUCUCCUUCUCCGGUGUUGGCAAGGACAUCCCCUCCUUUGCCGAUGCUCAGGCAAUUGCCGACCAGAUUGUUCUUCUCUCAUCCGAGUAUACCGACGUCAAGAUUCUGUACAACAAGUUCGUCAAUGCUCAGACCUACGAGCCUACCUUCCUUGCGGCAUUUUCAGAGGAAGCCAUUGCCCAGUCCCCCAAUAUUUCUGCCUUUGAGGUGGACGAAGAUGCCCUGGUCAACCUCCGUGAAUACAGCCUCGCCAACAACCUGUACUGGGCUCUGGCCGAAGGCCACGCCUGCGAGAUCUCUGCGCGACGGAAUGCUAUGGACAAUGCUUCCAAGAAUGCUGGUGAGAUGAUUGGCAGGUACCAGAUUCUCUAUAACCGUACCCGACAGGCUGUCAUUACCGGAGAACUAGUCGAAAUCAUCACUGGUGCCACCGCCUCGGAGGAUAUGUAA